UCAGACGUCGGGCUCACGCUUGUUCGCCAUUUUGUUUUCCGCGUUGAUGAAAAUAAAUUGUUAUCAAUCCAAUUUCCGCCGUUAGCUCUUGCAUCUUGCACCCAAGGUGGUAAUUGGUGUUGGCCGCAAUGGCUGCUCAGUUUAUGAUGCAGCCUGGUCCGCCAUUUGGUAUGAUGCCAGGACUGAUGCCGCAGCAACAGCAGCAGCAGCAACAACAGCAUCAUCAUCAGCCACCACAUAUUAGUGAAGAGAAACUGCAGGAAAAGGCACGCAAAUGGCAACAACUGCAGUCAAAACGUUAUGCAGAGAAACGAAAGUUUGGUUUCGUAGAUGCACAGAAGGAAGACAUGCCACCUGAACAUGUCAGAAAAAUAAUCAGAGAUCAUGGUGAUAUGACAAACAGAAAAUUUAGGCAUGAUAAAAGAGUUUAUCUUGGCGCUUUGAAGUACAUGCCUCAUGCUGUUAUGAAAUUGAUGGAGAACAUGCCGAUGCCAUGGGAACAGAUCCGUGAUGUUAAAGUUAUAUAUCACAUCACUGGUGCCAUUACAUUUGUUAAUGAAAUCCCUUGGGUCAUUGAACCGCUGUAUAUUGCACAAUGGGGAACAAUGUGGAUUAUGAUGCGUCGUGAGAAGAGAGAUCGUCGUCAUUUUAAAAGGAUGAGAUUUCCACCAUUUGAUGAUGAAGAACCUCCCUUGGAUUAUUCUGAUAACAUAUUAGAUGUUGAACCGUUAGAACCGAUACAGAUGGAACUAGAUAAUGAUGAAGAUGAAGCGGUAUUUGAAUGGUUUUAUGACCAUCGGCCACUGCAAGAUACAAAGUUUGUAAAUGGCACAAGUUACAGGCGAUGGGCCUUGAGUCUCCCUAUUAUGUCUACAUUGUAUCGUCUGGCUAACCAGCUACUAACAGACUUGGUGGAUGAUAAUUACUUCUAUCUCUUUGAUUUGAAAUCCUUCUUUACAUCAAAGGCUCUUAACAUGGCUAUUCCAGGAGGACCCAAGUUUGAACCACUCGUCAGAGAUGCUACUUUGCAAGAUGAAGAUUGGAAUGAGUUUAAUGAUGUCAACAAGAUCAUCAUUCGUCAACAGAUUCGUACAGAGUACAAAAUAGCCUUUCCAUAUCUGUACAAUAAUCUGCCACACUAUGUGCAUCUCAUAUGGUAUCAUACACCCAAUGUAGUAUUCAUCAAAACAGAGGAUCCUGAUUUACCAGCUUUCUAUUUUGAUCCACUUAUCAACCCUAUCUCACAUAGACAUGCUGUCACUACUGCUGAGCCACUUCCUGAUGAUGUGGAGGAGUUUGAACUACCAGACUUUGUGGAGCCGUUCUUACAGGAACAUCCAUUAUAUACAGAUAAUACAGCUAAUGGUAUAGCUUUGUUAUGGGCUCCCAGACCAUUCAAUUUAAGAUCCGGUAUACAACGUAGAGCUGUGGAUAUUCCACUUGUUAAAACAUGGUAUCGUGAGCAUUGUCCUGCUGGUCAGCCAGUCAAAGUGCGUGUAUCCUACCAGAAACUAUUGAAGUAUUACGUACUGAAUGCACUGAAACAGAGACCACCAAAGUCACAGAAAAAAAGAUAUCUUUUCCGGUCUUUUAAAGCCACAAAGUUUUUCCAGUCAACAACGUUAGACUGGGUAGAGACUGGUUUACAGGUCUGCAGACAGGGAUACAACAUGUUGAAUCUGUUGAUUCACAGAAAAAACCUCAACUAUUUACAUUUAGAUUAUAACUUUAACCUGAAACCUGUCAAAACUCUCACUACUAAGGAACGAAAGAAAUCCAGAUUUGGUAAUGCUUUCCACUUGUGUCGAGAGAUUCUUCGUCUUACAAAACUAGUAGUUGACAGUCAUGUACAGUAUCGCCUUGGCAACGUUGACGCCUUCCAGCUUUCUGACGGCUUACAGUACAUGUUCUCCCAUGUUGGUCAGUUAACCGGUAUGUACAGAUAUAAAUACAAACUUAUGAAGCAGAUAAGGAUGUGUAAAGAUAUCAAACAUCUCAUCUACUAUAGAUUCAACACGGGUCCAGUAGGUAAAGGUCCUGGUUGUGGUAUCUGGGCAUCUGGAUGGCGUGUCUGGAUCUUCUUCAUGCGAGGUAUCACUCCUCUUCUUGAAAGAUGGUUAGGUAAUCUCUUGUCACGUCAAUUUGAGGGACGUCACUCUAAAGGAGUUGCUAAGACUGUCACCAAACAACGAGUUGAAAGCCAUUACGAUUUAGAAUUGCGCGCAUCUGUAAUGCAUGACAUUGUGGAUAUGAUGCCAGAAGGAAUAAAACAGAAUAAAGCCAGGACUAUUCUGCAGCAUCUGAGUGAAGCUUGGAGAUGUUGGAAAGCUAACAUUCCAUGGAAGGUUCCUGGCCUUCCCACACCAAUUGAGAACAUGAUCUUGCGAUAUGUGAAGGCAAGAGCUGAUUGGUGGACCAACACAGCACAUUAUAACAGAGAACGUAUCCGUAGAGGUGCCACGGUAGAUAAGACAGUCUGUAAGAAAAAUCUGGGAAGACUAACGAGGUUGUAUCUUAAAGCAGAACAAGAAAGACAACACAACUAUUUGAAGGAUGGUCCUUACAUCUCAGCAGAAGAAGCAGUCGCCGUCUACACAACGACUGUACAUUGGCUUGAAAGUCGACGAUUCUCCCCAAUUCCGUUCCCACCACUGUCCUACAAACAUGACACUAAAUUACUGAUUCUGGCAUUGGAACGACUCAAAGAAGCUUACAGUGUAAAAAGUCGUCUUAAUCAAUCACAGCGUGAAGAACUUGGACUUGUUGAACAAGCAUAUGAUAAUCCCCAUGAAGCUCUUAGUAGAAUUAAGCGUCACUUGUUGACGCAGAGAGCUUUUAAAGAGGUUGGUAUAGAGUUCAUGGAUCUCUACAGUCAUCUCAUACCUGUAUACGAUGUGGAACCAUUAGAGAAGAUCACUGAUGCUUAUUUAGAUCAAUAUCUGUGGUAUGAAGCUGAUAAAAGGAGAUUAUUUCCACCGUGGAUUAAGCCAUCAGACAGUGAACCUCCACCGUUGUUGGUCUACAAGUGGUGCCAAGGUAUCAACAACUUGCAGGAUGUGUGGGAUACAGGGGAAGGUGAAUGUAAUGUCAUGAUAGAAUCCAAAUUUGAAAAGAUGUACGAGAAGAUAGAUUUGACUUUACUCAACAGAUUACUUCGUCUCAUUGUGGAUCAUAAUAUUGCUGAUUACAUGACAGCAAAAAACAAUGUUGUUAUCAACUACAAGGAUAUGAACCAUACUAAUUCCUAUGGUAUUAUUAGAGGUCUGCAGUUUGCAUCAUUCAUUGCACAAUACUAUGGUUUAGUAUUAGAUUUACUUGUACUGGGUUUGCAUAGAGCAAGUGAAAUGUGUGGACCACCACAGAUGCCAAAUGACUUCCUUACGUAUCAGGAUGUUGUCUCGGAAACUGCUCAUCCAAUCAGGCUGUUUUCUAGAUACAUUGAUAAAGUGCAUAUAUACUUCAGGUUUACGGCAGAGGAGGCAAGAGAUCUGAUUCAGAGAUAUCUAACAGAGCAUCCUGACCCUAAUAAUGAGAAUAUUGUCGGCUAUAAUAAUAAGAAAUGCUGGCCCAGAGAUGCAAGAAUGAGACUUAUGAAACAUGAUGUCAACCUGGGGAGGGCUGUUUUCUGGGAUAUGAAGAAUCGUCUACCUCGCUCCGUUACAACGUUCACAUGGGAAAACAGCUUUGUGUCCGUGUACAGUAAAGACAAUCCUAAUUUACUAUUCAAUAUGAGUGGUUUUGAGUGCCGUAUAUUACCCAAGUGUAGGACAACACAUGAAGAGUUUACUCACAGGGAUGGUGUGUGGAACUUACAGAAUGAAGUGACCAAGGAGCGUACUGCACAAUGUUUUCUGAGAGUUGACGACGAAGCCAUGCAAAGAUUUCAUAACAGAGUUCGACAGAUUCUGAUGGCUUCCGGAUCUACAACGUUUACCAAGAUUGUAAAUAAAUGGAACACUGCCCUGAUUGGAUUAAUGACGUAUUUCCGUGAAGCUGUUGUCAACACACAAGAACUGCUUGAUCUACUUGUUAAAUGUGAAAAUAAAAUACAGACUCGUAUCAAGAUUGGUUUGAAUUCCAAAAUGCCAAGUCGUUUUCCACCUGUUGUGUUUUAUACACCUAAAGAGCUGGGUGGACUUGGUAUGUUGUCUAUGGGACAUGUGCUGAUACCACAGUCAGAUUUGAGAUGGUCUAAGCAGACAGAUGUUGGGAUAACUCAUUUCCGUUCCGGUAUGAGUCAUGAUGAAGAUCAACUGAUCCCUAACUUGUAUCGUUACAUCCAGCCAUGGGAAAGUGAGUUUAUUGAUUCACAGCGUGUAUGGGCUGAAUAUGCACUCAAGAGACAAGAAGCGCUGGCCCAAAACAGGCGGUUAACGCUGGAAGAUUUAGAAGAUUCAUGGGAUCGUGGGAUACCACGUAUCAAUACAUUGUUCCAGAAAGACAGACAUACACUGGCAUAUGAUAAAGGAUGGAGAGUCAGAACAGACUUCAAACAAUAUCAGGUAUUGAAACAGAAUCCAUUCUGGUGGACUCAUCAGCGGCAUGAUGGGAAGCUGUGGAACCUUAAUAACUACAGAACUGACAUGAUACAAGCAUUGGGUGGUGUGGAAGGCAUAUUAGAACAUACACUAUUCAAGGGUACAUACUUUCCUACAUGGGAAGGUCUCUUCUGGGAGAAAGCCAGUGGUUUUGAAGAAUCCAUGAAAUACAAGAAAUUAACAAAUGCUCAAAGGUCUGGUUUGAAUCAGAUCCCCAACAGAAGAUUUACAUUAUGGUGGUCACCAACAAUUAACAGAGCUAAUGUGUAUGUUGGUUUCCAAGUACAGUUAGAUUUGACUGGUAUAUUCAUGCACGGUAAAAUCCCAACAUUGAAGAUAUCUUUAAUCCAGAUAUUCAGAGCUCAUUUAUGGCAGAAGAUCCAUGAAAGUGUUGUCAUGGAUUUGUGUCAGGUUUUUGAUCAAGAGUUAGAUGCACUGGAAAUUGAUACUGUGCAGAAAGAGACAAUUCAUCCCAGAAAGUCGUACAAAAUGAAUAGUUCUUGUGCUGAUAUAUUAUUAUUUGCAAAUCAUAGAUGGCUUGUAUCAAGACCAUCAUUACUGGCUGACUCAAAAGACACCAUGGAUAACACAACAACCCAGAAAUACUGGAUUGAUGUGCAACUAAGAUGGGGAGACUAUGACUCGCAUGAUAUUGAACGUUACGCUCGAGCUAAGUUUCUGGAUUACACUACGGAUAACAUGAGUAUUUAUCCAUCCCCCACUGGUGUAUUGAUUGCAUUAGAUUUGGCUUACAACCUGCAUAGUGCAUUUGGUAACUGGUUCCCUGGUGGCAAGCCGUUGAUCCAGUCAGCCAUGGCAAAGAUCAUGAAAGCUAACCCAGCACUGUAUGUGUUACGUGAACGUAUCCGUAAAGGUCUACAACUGUAUUCUUCAGAACCUACUGAGCCAUACUUGUCAUCACAAAACUAUGGUGAACUCUUCUCUAAUCAAAUUAUCUGGUUUGUGGAUGAUACUAAUGUCUACAGAGUAACUAUCCAUAAGACGUUUGAAGGUAAUUUAACAACCAAGCCAAUCAAUGGAGCUAUCUUUAUUUUCAAUCCACGUACUGGUCAGCUUUUCUUGAAGAUUAUUCACACAUCUGUAUGGGCUGGACAGAAACGUCUCGGACAGCUUGCCAAGUGGAAGACUGCUGAGGAGGUUGCUGCAUUGAUCCGAUCUCUACCAGUUGAAGAACAACCUAAACAGAUUAUUGUAACAAGAAAGGGCAUGCUUGAUCCAUUGGAGGUACAUUUAUUGGAUUUUCCCAACAUUGUCAUCAAAGGUAGUGAAUUACAGUUGCCGUUCCAAGCAUGUCUCAAAGUAGAGAAGUUGGGAGAUUUAAUAUUGAAAGCAACUGAGCCUCAGAUGGUGUUAUUCAACUUAUACGAUGACUGGUUGAAGAGUAUAUCAUCCUAUACCGCCUUUUCCAGAUUGAUCUUAAUCUUGCGAGCCCUUCAUGUGAACACUGACCGUACUAAAGUGAUUCUCAAACCGGACAAGACCACCAUCACUGAACCACAUCAUAUCUGGCCAUCUCUGACAGAUGACGAGUGGAUCAAAGUUGAACUGUCACUCAAAGAUCUCAUCUUAGCAGAUUACGGAAAAAGAAACAAUGUGAAUGUCGCUUCUUUAACACAGUCUGAAAUCCGUGAUAUAAUUUUGGGAAUGGAGAUCUCGGCACCAUCGCAACAAAGGCAGCAGAUUGCAGAGAUUGAAAAACAAACUAAGGAACAGUCGCAGUUAACAGCAACGACAACGAGAACAGUUAACAAACAUGGUGAUGAGAUUAUUACAUCCACAACCAGUAAUUAUGAAACAGCUACAUUCUCAUCUAAAACUGAAUGGAGGGUCAGGGCUAUAUCUGCUACAAAUCUACAUCUCCGAACCAAUCAUAUUUAUGUCUCAUCUGAUGACAUCAAAGAAACUGGCUACACAUACAUCCUACCCAAGAAUAUCCUAAAGAAGUUUAUUAUAAUUUCAGAUCUGCGUGCACAGAUUGCUGGUUACCUAUAUGGUGUUAGCCCACCAGAUAAUCCCCAGGUGAAGGAGAUCCGCUGUAUUGUGAUGGUCCCACAGUGGGGCACACAUCAAACUGUACAUCUACCAAACCAACUACCACAACAUGAAUAUCUCAAGGAGAUGGAACCGUUAGGAUGGGUACAUACACAACCCAAUGAAACACCACAAUUAUCACCACAAGAUAUCACAACACAUGCUAAGAUAAUGGCAGAUAAUCCAUCUUGGGACGGUGAAAAGACUGUGGUUAUUACAUGCAGUUUUACCCCUGGGUCAUGUUCACUGACUGCUUAUAAGUUAACACCUAGUGGUUAUGAAUGGGGAAGACAGAAUACAGAUAAAGGCAACAAUCCUAAAGGCUAUCUACCAUCUCAUUAUGAGAGAGUACAAAUGUUGUUAUCAGAUCGAUUCCUUGGCUUCUUUAUGGUGCCCGGACAAGGAUCAUGGAAUUACAACUUUAUGGGUGUUCGACAUGACCCUAAUAUGAGGUAUGAAUUACCUGCCAAUCCAAAAGAAUUUUACCAUGAAGUACACAGACCAUCACAUUUCCUGAAUUUCAGUUCAAUAGAAGAGGGUGAUGAUGGAACAGAUAGAGAAGAUCUCUAUGUAUAGAAGAGGGUGUGGUUACCCAAACCAAUAGUGAAGUCUGUAGUAUUUGUGUUAACCAUCAACUUAAUCUAAACCAAACAAUUCAGAAAUAUUUAAAUGAAUAUGGUCACUCACUCUCAUCAAUAAUAGAUGAAACACUAAAUCAGGUUUCUUGAUAGCUAUAAAUUGGCUAACCAUAAUACAGCCACACAUUGAGAUGUGAAUUGAUAUUGGGUCAUGUGAUUCUCAAAAGGAGAUGUGGGAGGGACACAAUUGCGUUUUAAAACUUUUUUAUGAGCUACACACUUUACAGAGUAAUGUUUUAGUAGUGAUGGCAAUUAAUUAAAAUUAGGAGUUAUCACUCAGGGUCUCCCUGUGUGAAAUGGUAUAUUCCUGAUUUAAUACCAACUGCUCACUCAUCUUGCAAUAUGGGAAAAUAAAGAAACCAGGGAUGAGAAUGAGAAUUUUAAUUUUCAGCUGAAAGUGUAAAGUAGCCGGGGUCUGAGAACCAAUAGCCUUUCCCAGGACCUCUCGCGUACCGAUGAAGUAACUCAAUUUUUCAGUUACCACUUCAUCUUUCUUCCUGAUUCGCAUGGUCAAAGUCACUUUCUUGUCAAGCCAUGCCCAACAAAAUUUGGUCCUAAUGUCUUUAUUGAUCUCUCGCACAGCUGACCCGUUGUCUUUCUUAACCAAUUUCACCAUUAUUGCUUCAUGAAACUUGUAAACAACGAUUGAAACAAUAAAAUGGUGUCGUUGGUGAAAAGCAAAAUGAAAACUCUUCACUGAUUGACUCAGCCAAUCAUGUUAAUAGUUACAUAUUACUUUAAAACUUCAAAACCACUUCGGAUUUUUCAAUUACACUGAUGAAAAGUCGCGAACAUUCAGCAUUGGAGACACCGCGAGCUGUCUCCCUUCGACCAUUCACUGAUACAGUCCUCUUGCAGCCGACAACAAUGAUCCAACAGCGUGUUCACUUCUGGUGAAUGAACAAGAUUUGUAUUCUCACCCCUCUAAAAUUUUCUCUUCAAAUUUAUACGUUUCAGAAAAUCGGUCCCUGGAGCUUAGAAAUCUGCGGAAAAUUCUCAUCCCGGAGAAACUUGCCCAUUUAGGUUGGAUGGUUCAUUAUUUCGAUCAGCAGCAAAGCUAACCACUUACCAUGAUUUGGGAUACUAAGAUGGAAUCUCUAUCAUCAACUUGUAAUAGCACACGCAAUUCAUUGUGAAAUUAAAGAAAAGAAAAAGUAAAUUAAUAUCAAAUUCCAGGUAUGAAAUUAGAGUGUCCGUUCUUCAAUAUGGUGUGACCUGCAAUCAAUUCACAUUACAAUGUGUAGCUGUAUGGUUAGGUAAUUAGCUGACAUUAUUGCUUAUUUGGUGUACAAUCUAUUAUUGCCAUGAGAUAUCAUUCCGUUCUUAGUUUUAAAAAAAAAGUUUCAUUACUACU